AUGACUGGAAUCACAAAUUCAGGAAUGGAUAUCGACAUUGUCGGAAAGAAGGGCGAAAGACGUACCGUUCAUAUCCCGCUGGAUCCCCCUCUCGAGAGUGCCAAAGAAGCAAGACAGCGACUUGUGAACAUGACGUGGGAGGCCAUAGAGGGACUUGGCUUGUCACGAUACCAGGUCGACCGCUACGUACUUACACUGGGCCAGCUGGUCGCAGUUUUUGGAUCCCUGUUCAUGUACUAUCUCUUCCUCGCACCUCGAGCAUACGUGCCGUAUGUGUCCUUGAUCGACGGGAUCCAACCAUUCUAUCGCCUCUUCUGCAUAUCCUUGCCACCUUUCCUACACACCCUUGAGAACCAGCUUCUCAUGGUACCCCUUCUUGAUAAGCACCGAGUACAUGGACGCUUGAGAGCAAAGUGGAUCUUUGCUUGCUUGAUGAGUGGAGGACCAGCUGUCAAGUCGUUCAAGAGUCUGGUCGCUCAGGAGAAGGAGAGGCUGGACGGACAAAUGAAGAAGCAGUAG